CUUUGGUGCUGAUGGCCUCCAGUUUCCAGAGGAAUUUCCAAACGAUUCAUCAGCUGACUGACUGGCUCGGGGCCAAACAGCCUGAUUGCUCCAAAAAAGCUUUUACAUCAGCAGAGUCGCAGCCAUGGCAACAAAGCCCGUGGUCUGGCAGACGCGGGGUCCUCUGAGCUCGCUGGAUGAGUUGCAGAGUGAAGAGACGGUAAGCAGAAGCUGCGACUGCUCUCCGACAGACAGAAAAGCCCCCAAGGCGGUGCCGGAGGAGGAUAUAGAUGUCCUGGAGUCUGGGGUUGAUGCCAGAGCUCCAGACCCAACGAUGGAGCCCGCAGAUGAUGAUGAUGAUGGUCAAAUGGCACAAAAAGCUGCUAUAAAGUCAGAACAUGUUCCCACACAACCAUCGGAUGUUUUAUGCUUUCAGUUUAAGCACACAAAUCAAGUUGGUGUGGAGGAUUGUGAAUUCCCACCUCCACCUUCACCCGGUUCCUUGUCAGAGAGAGUUUACGUGGGGACGAAGGGUUUAUCAAACCUGGAGGAGAAGCUGGCAGAGGGGAUUCAAGACCCUAAAGAAGUCUGUCAAAAACAGCCAGAAAACCUCGAGCUUGUAGAGAGAAGUCAGGAAACAAUUUCAGGAGAUCAAGUGGCAAAUAAAAAUAAUGAAUCUAACAUGAAAAAUUCCGGCGAUUUGUUCGCUUUAAACUCCCCCCCAUAUGCUGAUGAAAGUGAGGAAGAGGAGGAUGCUGCUCAACCGCUCUCCUUACCCAAACAGGAGGGGGCGCUGUCGCCUCAGAGCUCACACAAACCCCCAGCCAGGAACCAGGAAGCCGUGCAACAGGUGUUUGGGGAGGGGCCUCCACCUUUGUCUGCCAUCGCCAUGGAGAUGUGGGGUCAGGGCGGGACGGAUAGUGAAGUCUGCGUUUCAGCCGCUGAAAGGCGCAGCAGGGUGGGGGAGAGAGCGGACGGUGAAAAGCAGCGAACAGGUGGGCAGGAAGGGCAGAAAGGGAGCGGACUUGAAAGGAAGGAGGCGGUUUGGCUGCCACGCAACAGAAGUCUGCCAGGAGAUUCAAAGACAAGCAGGUUCAACACAGAAACUAAUCUCCAACGGAACAGACACAAGAUGGAGAAGGACAUGUUUGACGACAGCCAGAGUGACAGUGGCGUGUCAGCAGACUUCUCACCCUACAGCUCCAUGGACAUCCCCUACACCGCUUUUCCAGGAACUGCCUCAGCAGAAACUCCCAUCCAGAGGGAGAUCCGGCGGGCCAUCGAGCGGGAACACAGCCUGAGGAGAUCCAGGGGGCUCCCAAACCGACCCACGUCUCCUGAGUACGUGGAGAUCCCCCUGAGAAAAACUGUCCUUUCCCAGUCGCUGACCUCUAAGUCAGAGUGGUCCCAGAACAAAGACAGGGAGUUUGCUGGCAAAAAGAUGCAACAAGAGAUCAACAAGGAGGCUCAAAGGGAGCACGACCUGGUCAAGAUUGGGAAAAUCCCAGGUGUUUAUGACAGAGGAACAGCCGGCCAGUUAAAGGAGAGGAAACAGGUGUUUGAGGCCUUUCAGGCAACUUCUGAUUCAACUUUCUUGAUGACGGUCAAAAACCAUAAGAGUCAGUCCUCCGUCUCCUCCGACGGUACGGAUGCUUCCACCCUGGAGGAAACCAAGUCCGAAACAUCCACCUGUAAAGACUCCGAAGUGGAGAGGAGACCCAGCUUCGACUUGCUGACGCAAACCCCCGCCGGAGGAGGAGGACUGAACGGCCCGUCCUUCAGACACCCGGACCCGUCGAAGCAGACAGGUCAGCAGGUCAUCGUCUUGGAGCACGGCCUGGUUCCGGUGCAGAAGAGCCAGCUCUUUAAAGCAGAGAAAGUGUCAGUCAUUGAGUCUGAGAGUUCUCCCCUGUCGUGGAACAAGGCAGGGUGGCGGGAUGCACCGAUGGGAAGACAGUGGGGAAAGGAGGAGGAGGAGGAAAUCACACCUAAGGAGAACCCCUUCUUUAAGCUACGCUCUUCAGAUCAUUUAGUCAAACUGAAGCGGGAAAUCCUGCAGGCUCAAGAGAGGGAGAACGAGCUCCGAAACCAGCGGAUCAGCCUGUAUGGAGGAGGUGGAGAGGCCAUCCCUGUUGGGUCUUCAUCCAAGGGGGAAACUGAACCUUCAACAGGACAAAAAAUGGGAAAGUUGUCAGUGUGGCCGCCAAGUCAAACGAAUGAAGAGGAGAUAAACCGAUCAGAGGUUUUCAUUAAUUCUUGGACCCCGAGACAGAAAACUCCACUGGUGCAGCGCUGGGAAGCAGGGCUGGUCAACGGCUACAACAGGGAGGAUCCCUGAGGAGGAGCUCACAGAGACCACUAGUUUUUUUUUUUUUUUUAAUCUGGUGUUCAAAUUAAAGCAAUAAAAGAUUGGUGUAAAGAGGUGCAAGAAGAAACUCGGAUAAGGGAGCAACAGUGAAGAAAUGCAAGAAGGACUUUAACCAGAAGGAAUUCAGAGACUGGAAUAAGCAGAUGAUGAACUAAAAAAAUCCUUUAGGAGUCUUAAUGAGGAAAAGAAGAAGUCAAAUCAAAGUACAGAAACUUGGCUGUUUCUUUGUUGUCUCCCUUUAUUGCUUCAUUGUAAAAAAAAAUGUUGUUUUUUUUUGUUUUAUUUCUGUAAAUUUUAAUGUAUUACGAAUUACAAACAAAAAGCAUUGACUGUAUAAAACAACUGGACAGAGUGAGACAUCCCACUUAGAUAAUGGUUUACUUCCGGCUCAAUCAAAAUUUUUUUGGGCAAAAAAGAUGCUGCCAUGUUGGAGCCAGACAAUAAGCAGUGAUUGGUCUAACUCGGUCUGAAUCACUAUGGCAACCACUUUCACCAAUCAGGACUGAGCUUGUUGCAAGUUCACUUGUACUGUGCUUGUACUGAGGCUUCUGAUUGGUCAGUUUAUAAUUUGCGAUAAAUACAAAUGUCAAGAAAAAAUUAGGAUAAGCAAGAACAUGCUAUAAAAAGUCAUAGAGCAGGAUUGGUUUUUCUGACAAAUGGAAUAACUGAGUAAUAGCUGUUUAUUUCUCAAUAGAAGUCUAUGGGAUUUUGUCUUCUUGAAGCCAGCAGGUACUUCCUGUUUGGAUUUGUGAGGGGAUCAGUUCUCUUAUACAGUCAAUGGUUGGACGUCUAAAUCUAUGGACUCACCUGGCAUGUGAUGCACUAAGUGCAGGUUUUUAAAUGUGCAUUUAGUUCACACUGAACAAGCAGGGAGGGGCUUCUUCUUCUUUUGCUACUGUUUACUAGUGCAUAUCCGCCACCUGCAGUUGGAAGAGACUUGGUGCAAAAGGCCAAAUCUUGCAAUUCUCGCUAUAGGUUUUUUCUUUCACAGCUCUAUUCCGAUGUAUGAAAGAGUUUGUAUCAUAUAAUUCUGUCCGGGAACAAACUUCAUUUAAUAAUUUUCUUCUCCGUGAUCAAUUUUCAAAAGGUUCAGUGAAAUAAAGGGGAUGCCAAACAUCACCACCAAAUCUGAAUCUCUGAUUGGUCAACGUACAACCUGGUUUGAUUUGCAAUCUGUGUCCAGAAAAAGAUCUUAGAAUGGGUGUAGCUACACGUAACCAUGAGUUCUUAGCACGGAAUCCUGUAACAUUACGCAUCCUCGCAAAGUCUUUUUAUUGGAAGUGGCCCCUUGAAUCCACUGGAUUCCCAACUGUUCCUAAUUGCUGCUGAUGAAUUCCUAGUUGACCGAACACACCAGAUCCUGGUGAUCAGCAGCAGUUAGUGCAGAAACAUGUUGAAUAUAAACAUACAUGUGGGCCUCAGGGACCAGAGUUGGGCACUUUCUCUUUCACUAGAAUCAACUUGUUCUCGUUUCAAGAGUGUCAAAUAUGAAUUUCAUGCCAUGUAAGGCUCUCACGAAUCUUUCCAGUGUUAUUGUAUUUAUAAAUUAAAAAGAGUAAAUCUUAAACUUGGACAUAAAA